GCAGCGCAACACCUCUAUUGUACACUGGUCCUUCUCAGUUUUUGAAAACGCGAAAAUAAUGCUAUUUUACUCGUUUUUCAAGACGUUAAUAGAUACCGAGGUUACGGUAGAGCUUAAGAAUGACAUGUGUAUCCGUGGAGUUCUAAAGUCUGUUGACCAAUUCUUAAAUGUAAAGUUGGAGAAUAUUUCUGUCACGGAUGUUCAAAAAUACCCUCACUUGGCCGCUGUAAAAAAUCUAUUUAUCCGUGGAAGUGUCGUUCGUUAUGUUCACAUGUCAAGCUCUCAUGUUGACACAAUUCUGCUGGCUGACGCUUGUCGUCGUGACUUGGCCAACAGUCGUCGUAUGUAGGGAAGGUUCCCUUUCUUAAUGAAAAAUGUUACGAGGGAGAAGAGGGGACUAUGAUUGAGAGUGUGAGAGUGGCUGUAGUGAAC